AUGUCUUUGGCGUUUGACGAGUAUGGCCGGCCCUUCCUGCUAGUGAAGGAACAGUCACAGAAGGAGCGUAUCACUGGGAUUGAGGCACAGAAAGCAAACAUACUCGCGGCCAUGAGUGUUUCAAAUGUUCUGAAGACUAGCCUAGGACCGCGCGGGAUGGACAAGAUUCUCGUGACACAAGACAAUGAUGUCGUUGUUACCAAUGAUGGAGCAACAAUUGUUGAUCUCAUGGAUAUUGAUAAUGAGAUUGGUCAGCUCAUGGUAGAGCUCAGCAAGUCACAGGAUUCAGAGAUUGGUGAUGGUACAACAGGUGUCGUUUGCUUUGCCGGUGCUCUGCUAGAGCAAGCUACCGGUCUGCUUGAUAAGGGUAUUCACAGCUCUCGAAUCUCUGAAGGAUUUGAGAAGGGCUGCGAAGUUGCCUGUAAGCGUCUUGAAGAGAUUUCAGAGACGGUUCCUGUCAGUCGUGAAGAGUACCAGUAUCUUCUUCGUACUGCUCGCUCCACUUUGAACUCUAAGGUUGUGAAUCGUGACCGUGAUCGCCUCGCAAAGAUUUGUGUUGAUGCAGUUCUUUCUGUGGCUGAUAUGGAACGCCGGGAUGUAAACCUCGAUUUAAUUAAGGUGGAGGGUAAAGUGGGUGGAUGUCUUGAAGAUACAUGCUUAGUCAAUGGUAUCGUCAUUGACAAGGACUUUUCUCACCCACAAAUGCCAAAGGAAUUGAAAAAUCCAAAGAUUGCCAUUUUGACAUGCCCGUUUGAACCACCAAAGCCUAAAACUAAACAUACCGUGCACAUCUCCAGUGCAGAGCACAUGAUGGAAAUUCACGAACAAGAGCAAGAAUAUUUCCGUAAACAAGUACAAUUAUGCAAGGAUGCAGGAGCUGAACUUGUUAUCUGCCAGUGGGGAUUUGAUGAUGAAGCAAACUAUCUUUUGUUCCGUAAUGACCUCCCUGCCGUUCGCUGGGUUGGUGGUGUAGAGCUGGAGAUGAUUGCCAUUGCUACCGGUGGACGUAUUAUUCCUCGUUUUGAAGAUAUCAGCGCAUCCAAGCUUGGAACAUGCGGUAUUGUGCGUGAGGUUGGUUUUGGUACUACUAAGGAUCGUAUGAUUUUUAUUGAGGACUGCCCCCACAGCAAGGCUGUUACCAUUUUCAUUCGUGGUGGUAACAAAAUGAUGAUUGAAGAGGCAAAACGUUCUCUUCACGAUGCUCUUUGUAUGGUACGUAAUUUGAUUCGUGACAAUCGUGUCGUGUACGGUGGUGGUUCAGCAGAAAUUGCUGCUUCCACGGCUGUUCUCAACUACGCUGACUCAGUGUCUACUGUGGAGCAAUACGCUAUUCGCAGCUUUGCUGAUGCACUGGAGUCUAUUCCUAUCAACUUAGCGCUCAAUAGCGGUCUUGAACCUAUUAAAGCUCUUUCAAUGGCUCGCCUUGCUCAGGUUGAUGGGAAGAACCCAUUUGCUGGAGUGGAUUGUAUGGAUUGUGGCACCAUUGAUAUGCGGGAACAGCAGGUGUUUGAAACCCUUCAGGGUAAAUGUUCACAGCUGCGUCUUGCCACGCAAGUGGUGAAGAUGAUCCUUAAGGUCGAUGAUGUCAUCGUCACUCACCCAGAGGAGGAGGAGCAGUAG